CAUUUUUUUUAAUUUUUCAAAAUUUUAUAUGGGGUAUAUUUUUACCAUGGAUUUUCUUUUGGGAUCUACAUUUCCGCGGUUAUUUUUUCGUGGUACCAUUGUACCAAUAAUUUAGGUACGAGAUACCUAUAUGUCCUAACCUAUUACCUAUACUACCUCUAACUGCACACCACUCAAUUCAACUACACUCCAUGUUUGUUAUACUGCAUAGUGCGUCGGUGCACACUAUUUUGGCCUACAUUACGAUAAAUCAAGUGUCUUCAAUUUGUUGAACACACUUCAGGCAGUAUCAUAUAUUUUAUUACCUAGAUACUUAAACUAUUGCUAAAUAUUGUUACUACCCCUUACUCCCAUAACUACUAUAAUAUAUAUUGUCCAUAACAUAGACAAAUCGUUACAAAUUAUGCCGGACAUAUGGAAAAGAGACGUCGACGAUUUACUCAUGUCACCAUUAGCGGUCAACACCGACGACAUGAUUGUCGUGACGAUGCCGCCGUUGGAAUUUCGCUAUUUUGAUGCAUUGCCCAAAAAAAUAAUGGUUCAAAACAACGGCCUGACUGUAACGUUGAAUGGAUUGUGGGCCGACGACCGACAACCGUGCAUCGCGGGUGCCAACCUGGACGACAAGUAUAAUUUUUCUCAUUUGCAUUUCCACUGGACGGACGUCGAUGGUGAUAAUGUCAUAAACGAACACAUCGUCAACGGUCGAGGGUAA